UAGCGUGUGCGGUCAUGCAGCCGUUCAGGCUGCCUGAAGAUUAGGAAACUGUUCAAACAUCAGAUCGCCGGCAGGCGUCUCAGCCCGGGCCUGUGCAAGGAGCACGCUGGGAGCGCUUUGGUGUCCUAGCUGAGGGCGAGAUUAGGAACCAGGAAAGCCACCCGCGCGCGCGGCAGCGGGUGCAAGGUUGGCUGAAAGGCCCCUCCAGCUGCGAUCGCGUGUGCCCCCGUGGUGGGACCUGCGCACUAGGCCCUAGGUACCGGCAGGACACGUGCUCCGGGCCCCCCACCCUCCUCCCCGGGUCCUCUCGUGUCCAACCGCAACCACGGAAUCCUCUUCAGAGUUCUGGAGAGACGCUCGCGCCGGGAAGGGGCUUUACUAAUUGCAGGAAGUGAGCACGAGGAAGAAGUGGCAGAGAUCAAGGGGAGGAGGGAAGGGAGGAGGAGCAGCAGCAGCAGCAGCAGGGCAGCCCGAAGAGCCCUAGAGUCGCGCAUUGCCACGCAGGAGAUUGGGUCCCGGCGGUCCUGCUGUUCUUUGGGGUCCCAGAGGCUGCCCAGCCCCGCUCGGACAUUCGUCUGUCCCCUCCCGGUCUUCAUGGCUUCUCCGGAUGACCCUCUGCGCUCAGAUCACAUAAAGGAGCCAGUGGAGGACACAGACCCCAGCACUUUAUCCUUUGCUAUGUCAGACAAGUAUCCCAUUCAAGACACCGGCCUCCCUAAAGCCAAGGAGUGUGAUACAGUCAGUUCCAGCUGCCCACCAAAUUCUGAUGAUCAGCAUCAGGGAGAAGAAAAUGACUUUGUAGACAGCACUGGAGAUCCCCUUUCAGGUGUCAGUAAAAACCAGCCAUGUAAGGAAGGCUGCUCUUGCUCCUCCUGUUCACCCCGGGUCCCCACCAUCAGCGACUUGCUCAAUGAUCAGGACUUGCUAGAUGUGAUCAGGAUAAAGCUGGACCCGUGUCACCCGACCGUGAAGAACUGGAGGAAUUUUGCCAGCAAAUGGGGCAUGCCCUAUGACGAACUGUGCUUCCUGGAGCAGAGGCCUCAGAGCCCCACACUGGCCUUCUUAUUCCGAAACAGCCAGAGGACUGUGGUCCAACUGAUGGAGCUCUGCCGACUUUACCACAGGGUUGAUGUGGAGAAGAUCCUGCGCAGGUGGGUGGAUGAGGAGUGGCCGCACCGGGGACACUCGGACAGUUCCAUGCACUUCUAGAAUCCCCUUCUGGCAUUGGCCUUUCUGCCUGCGGGACCAGCACUCGUCACGGGGGGAGAUGUGCCUGCUCUUGAGAUUUUUCAGAUGAGGAUGUGGAAUGGGCAAUGGCUGUCCCUGAAGCUGGUGGCUUGUGGAAGGAUGGGUUCUGUUUCGGUGGCAGGUAUUUGUUUCUUUUUGCACAUCUGUUUUAAUUUAAUAUUUGAACCUGGAAUUGGGGAAGAAUAUUUUGUAGGUCGUAUCUAGAGCCAAGGCCUAUGGGUGGGACAGAACCAUGCCAGCAUGAAAAGAAAAUGACCCUCUCCUUAGGUACUGCUAAAGAUUGUAGCGGGAUCCCAAACUGUUGAUGUCUCUGGACGUGUCCAUGUCAUCCUAUGCAGAACCCUUGCAUUCCCAGCCUUGCAGAAGAUGGCAUGGAGAAGUCACCCUGGCCUGUUCACUGUUAUUGUUUCUGUCGCAAAAGGUUUAGAAGAUCAAGAGGAUACUGUAUGAUGUGGCCUGGAUACAAGGGCCAUCUUUUUUAUUCAAACACUUUUGUAAUCUAUGGGCUAUUAGUACUGUCACUGGGUUUAGUAUUUUUAAAAGAAAUACAAAAUUUCUGGUUUGAAGAACAGCAGAAUGGGUUGGUGUCAUGGGAAUGGCACUGACAAAGAAUAGUACUUAAUAUUCCCUCUUGGGGGCUGGGGAGAUGCUCAGUGGUUAAAGUGCUCACUGCACAAGCAUGAGGACCAGGGUUCAUGAGGACCAGGGUUCAGGUCCCAGAACCCAUAGGAAUGAGGGGAUGUGUGGCACCUGUGAUUUCAGUGCUCAGAAGGGAGAGACAGAGGUCCUCAGAUGGAGCAAGCUGCCUAGCUAGGGCCAGUCAAAUGGGAUCAACUGAGGGACUCUUUUUCAAUGCACAAUGUAGAGAUCAAUUGAAGAAAAAUGUCAACAUCAGCUUUGGGACUCUGUAUGCACACAUGCACAUGUGCAUCUGCAUACACAUGCAACAACACACAAAUCACACACGUGCAUGUGCAUCUGCAUAUACAUGCAACAACAACAACAACACACACACAAAUCUUUCUAAAUGCCAUUUGGGGAGGCUGAGGACAUGGGUCAAUGAGUAAAGCGCUUGGCUUAUCAGUACGAGGACCUGAGUUCAGUCACCAGCACCCCCGUAAAAGCCAGACAUAGUAGCAUGUGCCUGUAACCCCAGCACUAGAGAACCAGAUCCAGGAACUCACUGGACAGCCAACGUAGCCAAAUUGGGAAAGCCACUGUUUCAAAAAGGAAGGUCAGUGUGAAGAGUGAUUGAGGAAGAUACCUAAGGCCAACCUCUGACGUGUGCACGCAUGCGUGCACACGCACCUGUUUGUUAUCCAAGCCUCUUUUUUUGGUGCUAGGGAUGGAACUGAGGACCUUGAACAUGUUCAGCCUGCGCUCUACCACUGAGCUACACCAGCACUCCUGUUAUUCCUGGAAUUUUUUUAAUUUUUUAUUCUUCUCUCAUACACUACACCCCAAUUGCAGUUUCCCCUACUUCCGCUCCUCCCAGUUCCCCUCCACACAUAUCUCCUCUCCCCCAGAUCCACUCCUCCUCCACUUCCCUUCAGAAAGAGCAGGCCUCCUAGGGAUAUCAACCAAACACGGCAUAACGAGAUACAAUAAGACUAGGCAUAACCCCUCAUUACCAAGGCUGGUUUUUAUUUUUAUGUGAGCUCACCAAAAUCCCAGUGCUGGAAAAGUCGAGACAAGCUGAUCCCUGGGGCACCCCUGCCAACCAGCCUAGCUUAUAUGGUGAACUACAAGCUGGUGAGAAAUCCUGUUGAAAAAAAACAAGGUAAACAGUGUCCCAGGAGCGACAUCAGAGGUUGUUCUCUGGCUUCUACACGCACACAUACACACAAGCUCACAGAGCCAUACACAUAUACCCUAAUUAAAAUAAACAAAAAGGAAGGAUAACAUUGACUACACAGGACAGAGAUACUAAGAUGAACUUAAAAGAAGGUGAUUUUCUAAGCCGCCAUUUUUUUCUCAUAGCAAUUACGUUUUUCCUUAGGUUGUUGGUAAGUAAGGUCAGCUUCUCACCCAGUGUGACCUCUAAGCAGCCCAUGAGGCUUGUCCAUCACUUCUGUUUCACUAGUAAUCACAUUCUACACCUUCCCCACUCAGAUGUAUCACAGUUAUGGCCACCUUAUUGCCCGAUGUAUUUAAAGUGACGGCUAAUGAUCAAAUGUGGACGUUGUGUUUUUCAGAUUUAUUUUAUUUGUAUGAAUGUUUUGCUUGCAUAUUUGUCCGUGCACAGGCAUGCAUGGUGCGUGCAGAGGUCAGAAGAGGGCACCCUAGGUACCCUAGACCUGGAAUUACAGCUUUUCAGCCUCCAUGUGGGUGCUGGGACUUCUGCAAGAGCCACUUUUAACUGCUGAGCCCAUCUCCCCAACCCCUAACUGCAGAUGUUUUAAGAAAUAGCCUCUUGGGAAAAUCAGAUGUUAUGUGCAUCGUGGGCAGAACUUGCUAGGGGAUGCUCUGUCAUUUCACAGAUGUGAUUGGUUGCCUAGCUUUCUCAUUAACCUGUCCAUGGUGUGCUCUGGCUAGUCUCGCAGAAUCUCCUAGCCAAAGCUAAAAGCUACUCUCAAACUCGCUGCAGAGCAGAGGAUGACCUCGCAUUUCUGGUUUGCCUGCCUCUGUCUUUCAAGUGCUGGGCCACCACAUCUGGUUUUGCUCUCGUUUCUUAGAGCAGAAGCAACCGUAGGGAAUGAGAGGGGCUUUGGAAAUCACUUCGCAGGAAAUGUAACUCGGCGGGUGAGGCUCAGAGGUAGAGGAUGCUGGAACAUUAGGAGAUGUCAGCCCUAGCUUCCCAAUGUAUCCUAGAACCCCCAAAGGAUGAAAGGAGUAAGCUCCCAGGCUGACAUAUGUCUUAUUGACACUGUCUAGCCAGAUGUUCCCAGAAAGCCCCUUCCUUCCCAUCUCCACCAAGCAGACUUGUCACUUUGGCCCAAUUUGUGACCAUCCCAGAGGCAUUGGUGGAGGGGGAACCCCCAUUCUGUUCCAUUUUGUCAGCCUACUCCCCCGUCCGUACCCCUCCUCCGAGCCUGCCUUUCCCACACACAGAGAAAAGAAGGGAGAGGAGGAACUCCGGGUGGACAAGCGGGGCUGCGGCAGAAGGCCAGGGAGGAAGGGCAUGAGCUAGCUCCCGUCUCUCUGUCCAUGUCCUCAGCUCCAUAGAACCCCUGCUCCACCUAGAGCCUCGGGCCAAUCUCUACGACUCGGAACACAGCAGCUGAAAUGAUGGCUUCCAACUCCCUCCCAUGGGCCACAGUGGCAAAAAUGAUUAAAACGUAAAAAAUCUUCCUAAUGGUGCUGAUUUUUUAAACCAAAAACUGAGAUGAAAAAUCCUGCCCAUAAAAAUCCCCACAAGUUGAUUCAUGGUGAUCAGAGUUUCAGAUAGCCCAGAUUCUCCUCAAACUUGAUAUGUAGCUGAGCUGAGGCUGGCCUUGAACUUAUGAUCCUUCUGAAUUCACCUCCUGAGUGUUAGGGUUGUGGGUAUGUGUCACCAUGGCCAGCCAAACUUGAGUCCCCACCACAAACUCCAAGAGUGAGUAUUUUUCAUGACCGGCCUGGGACAGCUGAUCCUCUGGACCAUCAUUUCACAGGAAGUGUCCCCAGCACUUCAGCCUCCAUGGACUUGUCAGGCUGCAUCUCUAGAACAGAGCUGUGCUUGCAAGUGUUCGCUGACCUUGCCUUUCUACAGUUGGAUCAAAGCUGUCAGGCAGGGCUGGAGGGAUGGUUCAGCAGUUAGGAGUGCUUGCUGCUCUUCCAGAGGACCUGGGUUCAAUUCCCAGCACCCACAUGGGGUGGCUCACAGCUGCCUGAGACACCAGCUCCUGGGGAAUCUGACACCCUCUUUUAGCCUCCAAGGGCACCCACACACAUGGCAUACACACACACACACACACACACACACACACACACACACACACAGUAAAUCUCUAAGAGACAAUGUCAACCUAUGGCUGGGAAUGUAGCUCUGUUGGGAGAGUGCUUACCUCGCUUGCCCAAGGCCCUGGGUUUGAUCUUCAGCACUGCAUAAACUGGUGUGUGGUGCUGCAUGUCUGCAAUUCCAACUCCUGGAAGUGGAAGCAGAGGAUCAGAAGUUCAAAGUCAUCCUCAGCUACAGAAUGAGUUCGGGGCCAGCCUUGACUAUAUGAGACCCUGCUUCAUAAAUAAAACAAACUGUCAUGCAAGCCACGUGUGGUGGGGUUCAUGACUGUCACCCCAGCAUUUAUCUUGUGAGGAUUUUUAAUUAUUAGGAGCGUGGCAUCAGCAAAGAAAAAUUUACUGAACGAUUUCUUCAAGUUCAUUCUGACUCUAAAUGUAAAAUGACUUUGAUCUGUGUUGCAUAAAGAAAGCCAGGAAGUAUUCUCAGCUGACGUAUUCUCAGCUUAUUUAAAGUUAACUUAUGGCCAAUGAGUUCUACAGAAGCAUAAAUACCCACAGAGGUACUUCACAGAGGUGAGAGCAGGACGGAAGGGGGUCAUUUUAUGACCGACCGAUUAAAUGAUUAUUGAAAGCUUAGUUGUCACUUUUUAAAUUUUUUUUUUUGUUAUUUUUGGUUACGUGUCUGGGUGUGAGUAUGUACACAUGAGUAUAGGGGUUCAUGGAGACCAGGGGUGUCAGAUCCCCUGGAGCUGGACUUACAGGUGCUUGUGAGUUGCCAGGCGUGGGUGUUGGGAACUGAAGUGAAGUCCUCUAACGAGCAGUAGGAGCUCUUAACUGAUGAGCCAUUUCUCUACUCCAUCAUCAUUAACCCAGAAGAGCUUUCCAUCCUGGGAACCUGUGUUAAGGUGAACUUGAUAGAAGCUGCAUGGGAUAAGGUUGUUUUCCUAUUAUAAUGUUGAAAUCCCCUUAGCUAUGUUUCCAGAAAUAUGUUUCUUUAAGCAAAAUUUCCGUCUAUAAUGGUCUGUGAUGAGGCCAUAUAUAAUGUACAUUUUAUGUGGUUGCAAUAGUGAAGAGUCAAGUGAAAGGGAAGAACUCAGAGCCGCAUGGACAGCCGUACACCCCGGGACAGAUUACACACUUCUGGGGACUCACACCUGUGGCAAAAACAGGGCAUGCGAUAUUAGCAUGGUGGGGUCUUAACUAGUUCGGGCCUGCAGAUGUGCUGGGAUGUCCCACGUGUGCCUCUAAAAGACCCUGUACAGCCACCUACUUCUGUAACCCCGAAUAGUAAAACUCAGUAACACAGGAAAUCUGGCCAAAGACCUUGUGGUUCAUCCUGAACAGUAGUUUUUUAAUAUAGUGCUGCCCCCUGCUGGAGGACACACUCUAAAUCAGUUUCCAUUUCCAGUCUGGCUUGAUUAGGCGCCUUUCCCGCAGCCCUACUAAGACAGAAAGAGAAAGGGUAUGAUUGCUCUGUGACUUGGCACACAUAGACACUCCAGGGGUGACAUGGCUGAGCUGGAGGCUCCUGAAUCCAGGAUGUGCCCAGCACAGUGGCUGCAGGAGAGUCCCGUGGCCUGGUAGUCACUAUCGGCACUUGGGUGGACUGGUCUCCACAGGGACGGAAGGUACAGCUGUGUCUGUUGGCUCCCUUUCUCUCCCAGUUUAGCCGGAGGAUGCCACGAUGCGGUGGUCCCCCGCUCACCUGCCUUCAACCAUCUACAUUACAAAAAGACGAGCUUCUAAAGACAGGAUUAAUAACAAGGCAGAACAGACUCUUCUCUUCCAUCCUCUCCUUUUUAGGAGAUUAAACACAUCUCAUUUGGUCUUGAGCAAAGAAUUUCUUUUCUUCAUUUUUUUUUAAUCAAUCAUGUUGUUCCUGCUUUAAAAGUUUCCUCCCAUGAGGCUAUGAUGCUGUUGUCUGUGCCACGUGUCCAGUGCCGCCCACACAUGCGUAUCUCAAAUCACCUUCCCCCGCUGGCCAAUGGUAUUCUGCCUCUGAGCCGGCAGCAGACAUCUGCUUCAUGUUCUCAUGUGUACACACAGAAACAACAAUGCUGUGGGCCUAGCAAUGCCAAACCACUCUCUACUCUGGGUGCUACAAAACCAAAGACUGAGGCAGUGCUCACAACAAAAGGCACACACCUUCAGAGGGCACACACCUCUGCCCAGGGUGGUGACUGAGAAACAUUUGCUAUCUCAUUGCUGCCUGGGACUCAGACCCCACCCUGGGACUCCUGGGUACUCGAUUAUCAAUGCACAAGGAAGGGUGAGUCUUGUCUUUAUUGUAUUUAGAGAGAAUCAAAGCCAAGAUGCUGGGCCAGGUGCCAUGGUUACUGAAGUCUCAACACUGGUGGAUGGAGCUCCUGUGGGUACCCAAGACCUAGACUUGAAGGACCCUGGUGGAGCAAGGCCUGCUGUCUUCCUUCCUGUGGCUCUGGAGGGGGGUGUCUCUGGGAAUUCUGUCUGGCAGGGGAUCCCCAGGUGACCAGGUGAUCUGAAGGGACUAAAGAAGUCAGUGAUGCAGCUGGAAAUGAAAUGAUGAAAUCAGUCAGCUCUCUUGGGGAUAUGAGGAGGAAGCACCUCAGUACUUCCUGGGUGCUCCGUGCUCUUCCACUCUGUGUGACAGUCCAGGGACCACUGUCUUCUGCAGCACCCACUGGGGAGCUUACACAAGACAUUUCAGUCUGAGGAGGUCAAGCUUCUGAGAUCCCUGCGUCCCUGGAUACCAUCUGUUUACCUUGGUACUAGCCUUUCAACUCUGUCUAGAUUUUCAUCUUCUGUAUGAUUCUGUUUUUCUUAUGAAUAAGGAAAGAUUUUUAUAACUGUAAUAAUGGGUGCUACAAAAUUAAAGACUGGUGUCAACUGCUGUUCCAA